GCAAACAAGUUUGAAAACCGACAACCCCGAAAAACUGGGACAGGAAGUUGCUCCAGUUCACCGUAUUCGUAUUACUUUGACAUCAAGGAACGUCCGUUCUCUUGAAAAAGUAUGUUCCGAAUUGAUCAGCGGUGCUAAGAAGCAAAAGUUGAAGGUCAAGGGACCGGUCCGUAUGCCCACGAAGACUCUGAGAAUUACGACCCGUAAAACACCUUGUGGAGAAGGUUCCAAGACCUGGGAUCGCUUCCAAAUGCGAAUCCACAAGCGUGUAAUUGACCUUUACUCGCCGUCCGAGAUCGUCAAGCAGAUCACGAGCAUCUCCAUCGAGCCUGGUGUAGAGGUUGAGGUCACUAUUGCCAACGAUUAA